GGCUCAAGGAGAAGCAGUGAAGUAUGAAGAGCGUGAGAUGACCGUUUCUUCUUCUUCAUCCCACGCGCAAGCCGCAAGCUGCUCUCUUUUCAUUUCUACGCGGCUUCGUCGCUCUCACGCACGCAUACAUAAACGCAGCCAACGUUCACUCCCGUGCUCUGUUCUCCAUUUCGUCGCCUUGCCUGCUCAACAACUCUGCCUCCACCGGCUCAGUCAGCUCGCAACAACCCUGCAGCUUGCUUCACCAUCACCCUCCCUCCAUGGCCGACCGCGUCCACCCCGUGCCGGCGCCUCCGCCUCGACGACCCGAUCAACCACCCGCCGACGCCGACGCCCCUGCCACCGGUACCGCCGGCGCGGCGGCCACGGAGACCACGCCGCUGCACCCGUCCUUCAACCGCCCGCCCUCGCCGCCGCCCGGCACCUACAUCGUCCAGGUGCCCAAGGACCAGGUCCUCCGCGUCCCGCCCCCGGACCGCGCGCGCCGCUACAAGAAGCUCGCCGCGCGCCCGGCCCGGCGCCGCCUCCUCCGCCGCGCCUGCUGCUGCUCCUGCGCCGCGCUCCUCCUCCUGCUCCUCCUCGCCGCGGCCUUCGCCGGCGCCGCCUACCUCGUCUUCCGCCCCCGCGCGCCCACCUUCUCCGUCGCCUCCCUCUCCAUCCGCGGCCUCGACGGCGCCCUCUCGUCGUCCGCGCUGUCCCCCGAGCUCGACGCCGCCGUGCGCGCGGACAACGGCGCGAACAGGAAGGUCGGCGUGGACUACCGCGGCGGCGGGAGCGUCACGGUCUCCUACGCCGGGCAGCGGCUCGCCGCGGGGCCGUGGCCCGCGUUCCGGCAGGCGCCGCGGAACGCGACGGUGUUCGCGGCGGCGAUGAGGGGCCGGGGCGUGCGGCUGAGCGAGGAGCAGGCGAGGCGGCUCGCCGCGGAGCGGGCCGCGGGCGCCGUGCCGCUGGCGGUGGAGGCGAGGGUGCCCGUGCGGCUGCGCUUCGGGAAGGUGCUGCGGACGUGGACGGUGGACGUGAAGGUGCGGUGCGACGUGGCCGUGGACAGGCUGGACGGGGACGCGGCGGCGGUGAACAGGGGGUGCAGGGUCAGGGUCAGGCCGCUCUGGUGGUGGUGGUGAUCGCCGGCGGCGGCGCUCGGGUCCACAACCACAUGCAUGGCGAGUGAUGAAAUGGUGCAUUGAACACGGAGAUUACUAGUAGCAGGUUGCCUGCGGAGCAUUCUCUUCUAAUUUCUAGAGAAAAAGGUGCAGAUGUGUACAAUAUCUGGAGACUAUGUGAGGGAAGGAUGGCGUCAGUUAUUCAGUACAUAUACAGAAUGCUCAGCUCUAUAGAUAAGUUUUAAGUAAAUUACUGGAUCAUUUUACCGUGGCAUGGCUAAUGACGAGGCCAUUUGUCACCAAUGCAAACAAGUCGUCAUUUUUCUGGGGCGGCUGGUUGACUUUGUCAA